AUGCUCUUCACCACCAAACACAAGUAUUUGUUUCCAUCUCUCGAACUCAAUAAAGUGAGUAUUAAUUGGGUCAACACCCACAAGUACUUGGGUGUCUAUCUUGACACUAAGUUAACUUAUAAAAACCAUCUAGAGCACAUUUUGGCUCGGGUCAAACAAUUUGGUAACCAGCUCUUGAGAUGUGCAAGGUGUACCUGGGGCUUGACUACUGCAGCUGUCUCAACUUUGAUCAAUGGAGCCAUCCAGCCACUUUUGUUCUAUGCAGCUUGUUGUUGGGCUCAUGUCUCCUACAAGACCUCCUAUGCUUCUAAACUUCUCAGGGUGCAACGUCUUUUUCUGUUGAAAAAAGUUCGCUGCUGUAGGUCUGUAUCUACAGAUGCACUGACAGUUCUGGCAGGUGUUCUUCCAUGGCCCCUGGCCCUGCAGGCUAAGGUACUCCAGUACUAUGUGAGGACUGAUUGCAUUAGCACUCACCACGAGCAUCUCCUUUGGAGGACUGGUAUCCAUUUAUUCCCACGCGAGUGGGCUGUUCUCAACGGCUCUUUACACCCUACCGAUUUCCACCUGCCUGAUGUGUCUCUUGAUCCUAUCCCUACUACUGGGCCUGCUAUUCCAAGUGACGUUUACAUCUUCACAGACGGUUCUAAGUCCGAGCUUGGUGUUGGCUCAAGUGUAUGUGUAUAUACCCAUCUGCAUGAGAACCCUCGGCAAAUUCUUAGGCAGCGUUACAAUCAGGCUACCACCAUUUAUCAAGCCGAAUUAGCAGCAAUUCAUCAGGCUGUUCAGUGGAGUUUGACACUUCCUGAACGAUUCAAGUUUAUCUCAAUUUUAAGUGAUUCUAAAGCUGCACUGACCUCACUUACGAGUACUAAUCUUCGAAAUAGUAUGAUUAGAAAUAUCCAAGAAAAUGUAAGCCUAAGCUCGAAAUGUUUCAAAUUCUUCUAUGUCCCAGGUCAUGCAGGUGUGGUGGGCAAUGAGAUGGCAGAUACUGCAGCAAAGGAUGCUUCUAAAGAUGAAAACCUACCUCUGACUAUACAGCCUUAUUCUAGGAACACUCUGACAAGGAUUAUUUAUGACCAUCUUAUUUUAGAAUGGAACCAGUCAUGGACCUCUUCGACUAAAGGGAAUGUCACCAAGAUGUUCUACCCAACAAUUUAUGAUUUUCUCAGGAAUCCAAUUAAUAACUUUUCGUAUUCUCUUUCUCAAAUACUAACUGGUCAUGGAAAUUUCAAUUGCUAUCUAGCGGCACGUAAUUUGGCCAGCAGUACCUUCUGCUCCUGCGCAAGUGGUAAAGCUGAAACUGUACAGCACAUAUUAUAUGAAUGCCAUAUUUACGAAAUCGAACGCUUCAGGCUAAUGCUGGAAGUCCUGUCUUUGGGGUAUGGUUGGCCUUGUCCAGCCCAUAUCCUAGUGUCCAAAGAACUGUGUGCCUACUUUAAUUUCUUCAUUAAGGACAUUUUUAAGAAAAAGCGGUUAUGUGUCUAA